UGCCAUCGUUAUGGCAGGACAACGAGAACGAAACUUGAGAUCGUUCGAUUUGUAACGAUCGCUUUGCUGAUAGUAACCCGAUCGCCUGGGUAGAUUAACACUCUAUGAUUAACUCUCAAAAAGUGUGCGCGGCUGGAAGCUACUCGGGGCAUUCCCUCACGUUGGACUGUAACAGCACAGACGAGGCAUAGAGGGCAGAGCAAAAUCCGAUUUUUUACAGUCGGUAAUUCAGAACAUAUGACACCGAGUGCUAUAAGUUUGGCAAUGUCUAUCCUAUACCUUGUAUGUAUCUUUACACUUGUUGAUUUUGCCAACUUUAAUCAUCGAUCUCAAUGUAAUUCUUAAACUUGCCACGUUAAAUCGCAGAGGGCAUAUGAAAGCAUUUGCUUUUUUUACACAAUCGGUAUUUCUGACUACCGGACACGAAGUACCAUAAGAUGUCCAGUCUAUCCUGUUUUUCGACGCUGGUGAGGUCUGUUAGAAAUAGAGAAGAUUAUGUCGGUAACUUAGAACCAUAGGCAGAGAAUCCUAUUGCAUGAGACGUCUGUACGAAUUAAUUCUGGCAGAAAGAUAUAAAGUACUUCUAUGGAAUAAACUUUUCUUAAGUUAAUAUAUACUAACAUUAAAAUUAUUACAUGACGCUAUGCAUAUGUUAAUACUAGAAAUCUGUAGAAGAAGAUUUGGAUUCAAAUAUUGGAAAAUGUUUAUGACACUAAUGUGUCUAUAAACAAUUUGAACUUAUGCGUAAAUAAUAGUAUAGGAUUAAUAGAAGAAACUUAUUGAACUAUUAAAAUACAUAUAAUUUUAAAUUAUGGCAGAAAGUGGAACUGUUAUAACAUCAAAUAUGAAACAGUUACAUGAGAAAGAUCAUGUACUUAUAUCUAAUGUAGAUUAUUCUAAUAUAAGAGGAAAGAGUGUCUUAGUUAGCCCAUCAGAAAAUCAGUAUGAAUUGUUACUUAGGCGCUUGAAAGAGAGAAUUCAAGAUGGAGGCAGUGAAACAAUUUUUGAUAUUGGUAUUGGUGAAGAUGGUUCUGAGGAUGGCUUAAAAGAAGAUGAAUAUGAAGCAUCGGUUGCCACCCUGCAAUCUCUUGCCGCUACAUUAGAAGCAGACUGUGUGCUUUUGCGUCAGAGUAAAGUAGACCAAGGCCUUGUAGGACAAUAUCUAGUACGAAGACGUUUAGAUAGACAGGAUUUCUUAGAAAUUAGGGUGGCUGUUGUUGGUAACGUAGAUGCCGGAAAAUCAACACUUUUGGGUGUACUAACACAUGGGGAACUUGAUAAUGGUAGAGGUUUGGCUCGUCAAAAAUUAUUUCGUCAUAAACACGAGGCUGAAACAGGACGAACUAGUUCAGUUGGAAAUGACAUUCUUGGAUUUGAUAGUGUUGGUAAUGUUGUAAAUAAACCGGAACAUGGAUCAUUAGAUUGGGUAAAAAUAUGUGAAAAAUCUUCUAAGGUUAUUACAUUUAUUGAUCUUGCUGGACAUGAAAGGUAUUUGAAAACAACUGUUUUUGGAAUGACGGGGCAUGCGCCCGAUUUUGGUAUGUUAAUGGUUGGGGCAAAUGCUGGUAUUGUCGGGAUGACAAAAGAACACUUAGGAUUAGCGUUAGCAUUGUCAGUACCAGUAUUUGUUGUGGUUACUAAAAUUGAUAUGUGCCCACCAAAUAUAUUACAAGAAAAUUUAAGAUUAUUAAUAAGAAUUUUGAAAUCACCAGGCUGUAGAAAGGUACCAGUUACUGUGAAAACAUCUGAUGAUGUCGUUGUGAGCGCCACUAAUUUUGUAUCAGAACGGUUGUGCCCUAUUUUUCAAGUAUCGAACGUAACAGGAGAAAAUUUAAAUCUUCUUAAAAUGUUUUUAAAUUUAUUAACUGCGAGAAUAACUAGUCAUGAUGAUGAACCUGCAGAGUUUCAAAUAGAUGACACAUAUUCGGUACCAGGUGUUGGCACUGUGGUUUCUGGUACAACUUUAAAAGGUGUCAUAAAAUUAAAUGACACAUUAUUAUUGGGACCUGAUCCUCUGGGUCGUUUCAUUCCAAUUGCUGUAAAGAGUAUUCACAGAAAGAGAAUGCCUGUUCGUGAGGUGAGAGGUGGUCAAACUGCAAGUUUCGCAUUAAAAAAAAUUAAAAGAUCACAAAUUCGAAAGGGUAUGGUAAUGGUAGCACCAGCAUUGAAUCCUCAAGCUUGCUGGGAAUUCGAAGGAGAAAUUCUUGUAUUACAUCAUCCGACAACAAUCAGUUCCUGUUAUCAAGCGAUGGUGCACUGUGGAAGUAUAAGGCAAACGGCAUCUAUAAUUUCGAUGUCACAAGAUUGUCUAAGAACUGGUGAUAAAGCUUUAGUACGCUUUAGAUUUAUAAAACAUCCCGAAUACAUAAAACCGGGACAAAGAAUGGUAUUCAGAGAGGGGCGUACAAAAGCAGUUGGCAAUGUUUUAAAACUUAUUCCAUAUUCAAAUACUAUCGCUACGCAGAUAAGUAGGUCUAAUAAACCAAAUAAGUCUCAAAAUCGUCAAGGCUCUUCCUUCGUGAUGCAACCAUUGGAUGGAACAGCAACGAGUUCUUCAUUUGAAGGGCAAUUAUCGAAACAAGAAAAUUUGUUACAAAAAUCUGGCGUGAGUCAGAAUAAAAAAAAUAGAGGGCGAAGAGGAGGACGACCUCAUAAUACUGCGAACAGUAUUAUUCAACCUCUAUCAGAACAGAAUCCUCCCACUAAAGUAUAAACGACGUUUAUGUACAAAAUUGAUAUACAUGUACAUACACACACACUCCACAUAUACAGGUUGUUUUAAAAUCUUCGUGAAAUGAUAAGAAUCGUAUUUUUAUAUUUUGUUUUGGGUUUAAUUUAUUUCAAUUAAAAAUUUGAAAUAGGACCAAACCUUAUGGAUAAUAUCAAGCAAUAUCAAUUUUUAUUUAAUACCAAGAAUUUUAAAACAUCCUGUUUAUAUAAAUAUGUGCAUUAUUUUAAUAUUUAUUUAUAUUGUGUAUAAAACUGCAAUAGGGGUCACUUAUAUUCUUCAAAAAUAUCUUUCUUCUAUGACAUAGAAAGAACCCCUGAAUUAAUACGUAUAACGCACACCGUGCUUUGAACCCUAUUAGAGUACAAAUUGUCUUUCAUAUCUUGACUAAAUUAUUGAAAUUAAAUCAUAUGAAGUGUUUUUUAAAAACAUACGAAGAAAAUAUACAUUGUUAUUUAUAAAGUGUUUUAUUUUUAUAAGCAUCAAUGUAUCUGAAAAUAAUAAUGAAGUAAAUAUAAUCUGUACAAAUAAAUAUAAGUAUUUGUUUCCUUUAAAAACAUGUAUGCUGACUAUCUGUAUUAUAUUCGUUACAGUUUUCUGGAAUAUGAAAAACAUAUUCAGAUGUUCUUUCUUUGUGACAUAAGACAUUUAUUUUAAGUAUAAUUUAGAAAUGUACCACUAAUUUUAUUAGCCAUUAUUAACAUUCUUUUAUAAUUU